AUACAAAAACAUACUCUCCAACUUGGGUGUAUUACGUGUUGCCGGCGUUGCGCACUCGCCGAUCGAACGCGCAUCCUGCGCAUGAUGCGCCGCACAAGCAGGACGAUAGAACACAGGACCAAGGAAGGAAGGAAGUAUGCGUUAUGCGGCUGUAUACGCCCGAUGCACUUUACUGCAGCCCUGAAGAAUGUGGAAAAUAAUUUAUACCUCUCGCAUGUAAAAAGCACACGCGCAAGGCUGAGAAAACUGCAGGAAGCGGGCAGGACGUGGCAGGAAAUAAGAAAAGCGCGCGUAUAUCAAGUUUAUUAUUAAUAGUUGGCUGCACUUUUAGGUUAUUUUGUCGUCUUGAAGAGGUUGUCACAUGUUUAUGACGUGCUGAACACUCGCAAGUCAUUUUUUAUUUAUUUCUUGUCAGUUGCAAUCAUUUCUCUUGCGAAAAAUUUAUAAAUUCAUUUAUUAUUAAACAUGAGUCGCAGAUAUCGACUGGAACAGAAGUACCUGCAGCAGUUAAGGGCUGAGGCCGAGGAGGAAGAGGAUAAAGUCAGGCAGAAUCAGCAUAGUUCCACUGCGCCUGUGCUGUGGGCCACGUUGAAUACCGGAUUUUCGAUUCAUGAUGUCGUUGAUGCUGACCAUCAGGAUAUAUUGGAAAUGUUACAGGAGCAUUAUAUUCCACAUGAUGUCCUGUGUCGGAAUACGGAAUUAAUUGAUGAUCCUGUGUCGUUGAAAAGUAUGCUUGAUCAUAUUUUGUAUACUUUAAAGGAUACGACGUCCAUUAAAAUUGUCAAAAAUGAAGAAAAUGGUUCAGAAACACUAGUUGGAGUGUUACUACUGCGUGUAUCGAGAAAAGCAGACUUUGAUCGUGUUUUUAGCAGGACGAUAUUACAAGAUGGCGAUGCACGGAAGAAAUGCAUAGCGAUUCAAACAGCGUUGAGUCGAAAACUUAAUAUUUACGAAACGUACAACUGUGAAUCUUUUCUGAGGUAUUAUAUUCUUUGUAUUAAGAAAGAGUUCAGAAAUAAUGGUUUAGGUUAUCAAUUAAUGCGAGUUGGUUUGGAUGUAGCAAGAUCUUUGAAUAUUCACGUCGCUAGUGGUAUUUUCAGCAGUUUUAACCUACAAAGAAACGCUAAAAAGCUAGGAUUCAAAUUAAUCCAAGAAGUCAGUUAUACAAGUUGGAGAGACAAGUCCAACAACGAAUUGAUUUUCAGUGAUCCAGGAUCAGGAAAUUACACUUGCGCGUUUAUGAUUUGCGAUAUUCCAGCCGAAACCAUUUUAGAUCCGCAAGUUGUGCAUCGUUUGUCACCAUAUGAGAAACGAGUAGUGCCUCAGCCUAGAACAAGAGCAGAAAAACGCGCACAUCUCUAUAAACAUAUCCCGAAGACCAGAAAUAUACGAUUCUGCGGUUCACCUCCUGAUUAAAUUAAUAAAUCAUUGAUAUGUACAAAAUAACCUCAUGGAAAAUUAAAAUUUACAUAUUUAACUACUA